AUGUAUUCCGCAUUAUCAUGGUUGUUUAACUAUUUCUACGUUGCCGAACUACCUUGGCCCUUUAGCGAGCGCCCUCGCAGCUUCUCUUUCAGUUCCAGCACAUGCGACAUGACUAAGGAAUACGAGUUUGCAAAUCAUUAUCAUUUACCCUCCACCUUACACUUUAUUCGUAGAAAUAGGGGCAGGGCAUCACCAAGCCCCAAAUACAUUACAUCUAGCGAAUUCGCCAUCUCCCCCAUCAUUAUCAUUUUAACCAUUCCACAAAGCACUCGCACAAAUCAGCGACACCGACUCAUAACAAGGACCCUCCCAACCGAGGUUUCGAAACAGGUUGGAGUGGAAGUGGUGUCGACAGAGGAGGAGCUUUCGAUUGUUACGAAUAAGAUAUUGGUCGUGUCUCUCGCACGGCUUCUCGCCACGCCGCUCACCAUUCCCAAACACGGCGACUCCUCUUCCACAAAGUCUAAAGACAAUACCAAGUCUCCAGAGCAGCCGAAGGGAAUGGCCUCGAAGGAGUAUUAA